CCACCACCUUCCACUAACUGUCCAAAACCUCCACUCAAGAGCAUACUUCCCUCCAGAUUCCCUCCACACUUCCUAUCUUCAUUUUCUCGAGAAACAAACAACACAAAUGCAGAGCCAUUGAAAGAAAAAUGGCCUCCUCCUCCACUCUCCUCCUCUCAAUCCCCUCCUCCUCCGUCCCUCACCGCUCCAAUCAUCACAAACCUCUCGCAAUUCGUCUCCCCACAUCCCUCUCUUUCGUCACAACCCCAAAAUUCCCCAAUUCAACCUCUUUCAAACCCAAGCCCUCUCUCUCCUCUCCCAAUCCCCGCUUAUCCUUCAGCAAAUUGCUCGCCGGAAGCUCCCUCGGAAACGCCGAGGAUCCGCCGCUCGUCGGCGAGGACUCCGCCACCUUCGACUUGGCGAAGCAGAAGAUCUCUUCGUGGAUAUACUUCACCGGAAUUCUGGGAGCUGUUCUGUUUGUGCUCGAUGUUGCGUGGCUCGAUAACUCGACCGGAUAUGGAAAAGCCUUCGUCGACGCCGUUUCUGGAAUUUCGGAUAGCCAUGAG